UUUUUGGUUUAUCACUUCUGUGAACAAGAAGAAUAUCCAUGGCUUCCUCUAGUUUCCAAAGAAACAAGCAUUCUCCUUCCUCUGUGAUCUGUUUCUUCAAGAUUGUUCUCAGACAAAGCCUUGAAGAUGGAAACCUUAAGUUUCCAAAAGAGUUCAGUAUGAAAUACGGUGACGGUGUUCCAAAUCCAGUGUAUCUGAAGCCUCCAGAUGGCACUGCAUGGAAGAUAGAUUGGUCUGAGUAUGAUGGUGCGAUUCAAUUUGAAAAUGGUUGGAAAGAAUUUGCUUCAUAUUACUCUUUGGAUCAUGGCCAUAUGAUGUGGUUUGAGUACAAUAAAACUUCUAAAACAUUGUAGUACACAUUUUUGACAUGACUUGCCUUGAAAUAGACUAUCCUUCCUUGGAUCACAUCGGCGAUGACGAUUCGAUUGAGAUCUUGAAUGAACUGCCGCCACGAGGGCCGGCCGAGGAAAACAGAGAAAGCAGCACCAAAGACACCAUCUGCUUGUACAAGUAAAAUGUUCACAAGUUCUGCCCAAACUAUAGUGAAAUGGUGCCCUGAAAUAGACUAUCCUUCCAAGGACCACAUUGAUGAUGACAACAUGGUUAAGGUUGAGAAUGAACCGCCACGAAGAGG